UUAUAACAACUGGAUCAUUAUUGAACGAAAUGAUAAUGUGUUUUGUGCAGUUAUAAGAUCCGCUUUAUCCCGGAAUUUAAGUCAGUCUUUUUUUUUAACUUUGUAGAUUCAUGUAUAUUCAAUGGAGGAACAAACAACUAAAUUAGACGAUCUGAUUCAAAAGGCAAUUUUUGGCAAAUAUACAGAAUACUUUCAUGCGGAAGACAAUCUUGAAAGAGGGCUGACAAGCAGAUAUACUCCAAAAAUCAAUGCUGUACAGAAACAACUUAAACUUGUUGCAAAAUGGAAAAAUUAUGAUAUUGCAAAGAAAGAAAUCUUUAUAGCCGAAAACAGAAACGACCUUACCUGUUUACAAGAACUAAACGAAACAAGGAUGACCCAUUUGAAAAAUGAAACAUUAAAAGUAGUCGACCAAUGCAGUCAGAAGAAUAAAAAGAAAAUAUUAUUAGAGUAUUAUACGGAAUUCGCAAAGGAUGUACUACAUUUUGAAGGAAUAUACAGGACGAACUACCCAAUGGGCAAGAACAGGCCAAACUUUUUUGCGAUCAUUAACAAGGCUACAUACUUUACGAAUGUUUCAAAAUCGUUUGCAGCGUUGAUAAAGAACAUGAAUGAUCAGUUUUUCUUAGAACAGGAAGGUGACUUACGGAGAAUAGUACAAGGAUUCGUUGAUGAAUACGAAAAAGACAGUGUUUCAGAACUCUUCCAGUCGUCUCUUUUGGCAAACAAAACGGACUUGGUGAUGCUGGUAAUGCAGAAAAUAGAAAGCAUGAGCUCAUUUGUACUCGACAACUUACCAAAUAUUUUUAGGCUGAGCAUUGAAAUCAAAGAUUGUUCAGCAAUUGUGCUUAUUCAACAGCAUUGGGAAGUAAAUCACGACAAAGACAUGGAGAGCCAUUUGACAAGUGCAUUACAGAGUAAAUUGGAUAAAAAGAAGGAAAAGAUGAAGAUAAAGAAGGAAAAAAAGAACAACAAAGUACUCUUAGCUGUCAACAGUUUUAUCAUAGAUUUGUUUGAAAAUCCAAGAUUUAAGCUGUACGAGUUCAAAGGUGAAGAAGAGCUAGAUUUAAUCCAUAAAGACAAACCUUUCCAUCAUCUGUUUGUUUGGGCAGUUCUGGUAAAUUGGAGAGAAAUGGCGAUGAUAUUUUGGGAGCAAGAAACCGACCUUACGUGCUCUGCUUUAUUUGCUAGUGCAGUGCUUAAAGAAUUGUCUGAGAAGGCACACUUUUCUAAACAUAUGCACCUCAGUCAAUCAUUAAAAGAAAAUUCUAGACACUUUGAAAAUCUAGCCUGCAAUGUGAUGACACAAUUGUACAGCGAUGAUAGAGAAAACGCUCUUACCACGCUGGUUACAGAGGUUGGCCGAUAUAAAUCUACACCUUUAGAAAUUGCUGUUUCGCAAAAACUGGAGAAGUUUAUGGCACAUACAGCCUGUCAAGCAAAGCUCAAUAGUAUAUGGAAUGGAGAUAUUGAAGAAUAUACACCAUUCUGGAGGAUUGGUAUGGUAUUAUUCCUUCCGAUGUUAUUAAUUCAAGCAUUAGGAUUCAUUACUUUUAAAACGAAAGAAACGACACCACAGCAAAUAAGCCCAUAUCAAUAUCCGGAUGAGGACCCAAUAAAAGAUCACAAAAGAAAUACAGAACCCUAUGAGACCGGACUUAAUUUCAUACACCGCUUUUACAAUGCACCAGUUACAAAAUUUUGUGUCUAUAUGAUAACAUACAUGACAUUCGUGGUGAUAUUUGCGAUAUUUGUUUUGACUGAUUUGUAUCCAUUGUCAGAGAAUCCGCCAUCUAUACUUGAAUAUUUAACUUGGGUGUGGACUUUGUCAAUAGCAAUAGAUGAAGUUAGACAGAUAUAUCAAACAAACAAGGGAUCAUUUUCAAAAAAUCUAAAGUAUUGGGCUAACGAUGUCUGGAAUAUAUUCGAUAUCAUAAUGUAUCUCCUGUUCUUGUUGUCUGUUCUGCUACGAUGUUUGCUGAAUUCGGACCAGUUUUACUUUGCCAGAAUGUCUUAUGCUGUCACUUUGUCGAUGUUUAUCUUACGAAGCAUGCAUUUCUUCUUCAUCCAAAGGUUUAUUGGACCUAAAGUUGUAAUGAUAGGAAGAAUGCUUGGAGACCUUGGUUUCUUCAUUGCUCUAUAUGCACUGUUUCUAAUAAGUUUUGGAAUCAUGUACCAAGCUAUUUUGUUUCCGAAUUCGACGUCAUCACCUUGGCAGCUGAUAAAAGAUGUUGUUUAUUUACCGUACUGGCAAUUGUACGGCGAGCUAAAUUUAGAACAGAUUGAAGGCGACAAACCUACGAACUGUACGAGUAAUCGUCAGCUCUACACGAGUGGAACACGAUGUCCAAUAAAAAACCAGUUCAAUGCGCUAUUGCCGGCUGUGUAUCUAAUUUUGACAAAUAUUCUGUUAGUGAAUAUUAUUAUUGCGAUGUUUUCGCGAACAUUCGACACUGUACAGGACAACUCUGAAAUGAUUUAUAAAUUCCACAUGUAUGCAUUGGUGCAUGAAUACUAUGACAGACCAAUGUUUCCAAUACCAAUAGUUAUACAUGUAUGGAGAUUAAUUGUGUUUUAUCGCGACCAUAAACGGACUCCGAAGAAGUACGGAAGCGCCUUUGUGCAAGAUGUUCAGGCUGCCGAAAUUGAAAGAUUACAUGUCGUUGAAAAAAAGGCAUUCAAAACUUAUCAACACGGACCUGAGUAUGCUCGUAGUAGAUAUGAUGCGAAGAAAAUGAUGACUGACGAAAGGGAUAUAAACAAAGAAAUGGAAUCAACACCUACCCAGCAAAACAUUAAGGAUUUACGAGAGGAAAUGCAUCAAAUGAGAGACACUUUGAUUCAGGAGAUACGACAUUUAGAUUAUCGUCAACCAGUUGUAGCAUCAGUUUAUCAAAGGCGAUAAUAUGACAUUAAAAGAUGCUUGGAUACAGUUUUCAGAACACUAAUUCGGCUCUUACUACUAGUAAUCAUAUUUUUGCAACUAAAUACUGUUUUGAACUGCGAUCUUGUUUGAGUAAUAUCGACUUUUUGACAUUCAUAUAAAAUAAACAGUAAAAGUAAUUGUACAUAGCGUUUAAACACAUAUAUUCACACAUGAGUUUUAUUUACGUAGACUAGUAGAUCAUUAAUUAAGUUUGGUGUGUUUGUUUGUAACAUUUCUUAGUGUGGAGAGUAUGUGUUGUAAAAGAUCAAGAUUUAGUUUUGCCACACGUUUUCCUUUAAAAUAUGUUGACUUUAAUAAAAUUAUAAAAGGUUUCAUUUGGGGUCAUGAGCAUCUAAAGAUGUUGUAUACAUAUUAUAAAACUGAUUGAAAGUAACUGUUAAUGUAUUUCGAAUUCAUUUAUGUACAACAAAAUAGCAUGAUUCGCGUAUGCGUUAAAACAGUUUUCGU